CUCAAAAUAAUCGCAUCUGCGCGUCAUAGUAUGGAAGCAGAAAAUGCUUCAUUUUAGAAAGGUACACUGACUCCUAGCGGAUGAAUCCCUUUUUGCCUCAGCGGCACGGCGGAGUCGUGAUGCGGUUCGGAGUGACGGCGGAGGGAUCUGCAAAAUGACAAAGAAAAAGAUGCGUUUUUAACAGCGAAGAGAGCGAGCCAGCGCGUGAGCGGCGUGGUUCUCCUCACCCGGCACAAGAACAGGGGCGAAAGCCGCGCGCUCGGCUCCCCUUUACUCGUUUGGUGGAAAAAAUUAAAGACUUGACUCCACUUCGGCGGAAUAAAACCUGGGAGAAGCAUGGAGGGGAAAAGGUGGGAGUGCUCGGCUCUCCCGGGCUGGAAAAGGGAAGAAGUGACCAGAAAGUCGGGUUUGUCUGCGGGGAAAAGCGAUGUCUAUUAUUUUAGCCCUGCUGGGAAGAAGUUUCGGAGCAAGCCUCAGCUGGCCCGUUACCUUGGUAACUCCAUGGACUUGAGUUCUUUCGACUUUCGCACUGGAAAGAUGUUGAUGAGUAAACUGAACAAGAACCGGCAGAGAAUCCGUUACGAUAACAACAACCAGACAAAGGGUAAACCUGAUCUCAACACGUCGUUACCAGUUCGACAGACAGCCUCCAUCUUUAAACAGCCGGUAACCAAGGUCACCAAUCACCCCAGCAACAAGGUGAAGACAGACCCUCAGAAAGCCAUUGACCAACCGAGACAGCUUUUCUGGGAGAAGAAGCUUAGUGGUCUGAAUGCUUUUGACAUUGCAGAGGAGUUGGUGAAAACUAUGGAGCUCCCCAAGGGCCUGCAAGGAGUUGGACCAGGAUGCACAGAUAAGACUCUCCUGUCAGCAAUCGCCAGCGCCCUGCACACAAGCGCUGCACCCAUCACUGGCCAAUUGUCUGCUGCCGUUGAGAAGAACCCAGGCGUGUGGCUAAAUACUUCACAACCGCUCUGCAAAGCCUUCAUAGUGACAGAUGAUGACAUCAGGAAGCAGGAGGAGUUGGUGUACAGUGUGAGGAAGAAGCUGGAGGAGGCCUUGAUGGCUGAUAUGCUGGCACAUGUGGAGGAGUCGUCUAAUGAUGCCGACACACUUAAGGAGGAGGGAAAUGGAAAUGAGGACAUGGAAACAGUAUAGCGAAGGAAUAUGGGGGCACUGGAGAGCUGCCUGGAGCACAGGAUUCCCCCUAGUCCUUCAUGGAACCUUGACCAAGACCCUUUAUCAAACACCAUACACACACAUACCAUAACAUCCCUUUGAGACUUUUUUGCCUUGCCACCAGGCCUUUCCCCAGCAUGGCACGGGAACUUCUGACUUCAUAACUAGGAAAUCCUCUAGUUAAAAUCCUGAAUCAAAUUGAUUAGUAACAAAUUAUUAAUAUUUGGUUUAAAAAAAACUUUUUUUAAAAGGUGCAAAGUAAUGGGAGAAAAGUUUACAGUAGGUAUCUAAAGUCAUUGGUUUGCUUUUUUAUACAUUUUGCUUUUUUUGGACUAGGAUAGUGAUUUUGAUAGCUAGAAAUGGUAUGGUGACAAUCUUGUCAAAACUCUCAAACUCAUGCGCACAAACUUUCUCGCAAGAAAGUUUUAAAACUAUUAUAUUUUAGAUCUUCAAUUUCUAUCAGUAAAUGACUGUCUGGUGAAUGGAUUCCCCUCCAUGCUUGUUAUAACCCUUUACUUCCAAUCUCAGAAAGCUGAAGGGGUACAGUUUGGGGGAGAUGUAAUAGACAACCUCUUUCCAAGCGAUAAUACAGUUCAAGGAAAGAACUUGGAUGUGGAAACAAAGUAUUGGAAUGUUAAGUGCCACAAAUCUUUAACUGUCAUUUGACUGAGGAAGAUCUGCUUUUAAGAAGGACAAAUUAAUGUUACUAAACGGUAUCUUUUUAACAAUUGCCAAAAUGUUUUCCCUUAUUCAGUAUCUAGUAUUGACCAAAGAAAGGGCCUAACAAACUUGGGAGUACUUAUCCUGCAGUAUUACUCAGUGAUUCCCAGUUUGGGUUUAAAAAAAAAAAAAAAAAAAAACUCAGCAUUGUCUUGAAUCAUCUAAUUGUUAUUGUCCCUUAAUGGUCAUUUCCUUGUGGCUAAUUGAAUGAAAUCUUUUGUAGACUUGAUUAACAGAGAAUGGUAAUGGAUACCCUUGUUCCCAGUUGGCAAAACGCUAUCCAGUAUUAUGAUAGAGCUCCUCAUUUCUCCAGAGUGUUGAUUUAAUUUCAAAAUUUUGUUAGGUGUCACAUCCUACCUUGAGGCAUUCAUUUAAAAUUUUUCAGCUAAUACUGUCACAAGUGCUGCUUCCACAACAAGAUCUUUAGUUAGUAAAUGUUUGAGAUCUUAGUAUCAUGUUCUAGGUUUUUUUUUCUUUUUUUUUUCCUCAGUGAUUCUGUAUUCUUUAUGAACUUGAGAAAGAGAGAUGACUGGAACACCAAUUUCACUAUAUAUUUUAGAGACAAAAUUGUUUAAUAGUUAAAACAUACCUGGUUAAAAAUUUUCUUGGGUC